AUGAAUUGGCGUGAAUGUUUCAAUGAUCCUGUCCUUCACGUCGUCAUUGUUGGUUUCCAUCACAAAAAGGGUUGUCAGGUAGAGUAUGCCUACCCACCCCUUAUUGAAGGAAACAGUCACGAAAGUAAUGAAUGUCCUAAACAGUGGAAACAUUUGCCAUCAUUGGCCUUACCUGAUGGGGCCCACAAUUAUUCAGAAGAUACAAUUUACUUCCACCUACCAUCUCUGGCCAACAGUUCGGUAACGAUCUAUGGAGUCUCGUGCUACAGGCAAAUUGAUGCAUCUGAAGUUAUCAAUAAACAAGAUGAUGUCACAAGGAACACAGUACAGAAAAGUGUUUGCAUAUUAAGUAAAUUGCCAGUUUACGGCUUGAUACAAGUGAAGUUGGAGAUGAUAACACACGCCUACUUCGUCGGCCGAGACUUCGGCCAGGUCGACCUGAUGAAAGAAACGUAUGAGACGCUGAAUAAAUCUCUCAUCGAAUCGCUCUCCCAACAUUUUCAUGUUCAUUUGGGAUUGUCAUGUAGAGAUAUAUUGAAACAGUUCAAGCACAAGCUACUCAUCUUAUUCAAAUUAUUAAUGCUUGAAAAGAAGGUCCUGUUCUUUUCGUCACCUGUUAAGCCGAUAUGCACGACCAUUCUUACCCUAGUUUCACUUUUCCCUGAGAUGUUGGAGAACGGUCUGACUAACUCGUCUGAUUACAUUCCAAUUGCACGUACAUCGUCGUCGUCGUCAUCAUCAGGACCGCAGAUAAGUGGUGGUGGUUGUGGUAGUAGUUGUAGUAGUAAAAAUGUUGAUAGUAGUAGUAGUAGUGGCAGUGCAACGACAUCAACAACAGCAGUAGCAACAACAACAGCAACAACAACAACUUAUUCUUCUCUUAACACUACAGACAACGAUGAUGACGACGAUGAUGGGGACGUAAAAAAUGAUAAUGUUCCUAAUAAUGAUGGCCGCGGUGAUGCCAAUGAUGAUGAUGAUGACGACGAUGACUUUGAGGCUGGUGGUUAUGAUGAUGAUUAUGGAAUGCCUCUUUCCCUUUUUACUAAAGGCGUCCUAUGCCAUCCCUAUUUAUCGCUACACCUGUACGAUAUACUGUCAGAUGCUUGUGUCAGGGGUUUCGUCAUCGGGGCCACCAAUGCCCUCUUCAUGCAGCGCAAACAAUAUCUUGACGUCAUCGUUGAGCUUGCAGAGUUCAAGGUCGAAAUAUUGGAUCCAGAACUGAAGAAGGCCCUUCAGCUAUCGACAGCUGACCUUCGAUUCAUUGAUAAUUUGGUCAAAUGUGUAGAUGAUGAUAACAAAGGGGAUCCUUUUCUCGAUAAUACAGGCUGGGAAGGAGGCGACGAUUGGGUAAGGAGUCAGUUCAAAUCCUACCUACUCUCUCUCCUGGCCACCGUCGCUAGCCGGGAAGAAAGACUGCUAGAAGAUUUUAACACUAGCUUUAUAUCAGCCUGGAAGUUGACCAACAAUUAUAAACAGUGGCAAGCAAAAGGACCAUAUCAACAUCUAGCUGAUAUCAAACCGGAGCACGUUUGUAAAGGUCAGCUGAGCAUGUCAGAUGUUAAACUGAAAAUUAAUCAAGUAAUGAACUUAAGGAGUGGAAACAGCAAAAAAAUUAACGCCGUCGUCAACCAAACUGAAAAGGUUGUCAGCCAGACUGGCAAGGCAGUCGGUGCAGCAGUUGGUCUAGCAAAGUCCACUGUUUCCAGCUGGUUCAGCGGAUUAACUGCACAAAAAGAGCAGUAAUAUUAACCCUAUUAAUAAUAAUUAUCAUAAUAAUAAUUAUUAUUAUUUAUUAUCAUAAUAAUUAUUAUUUAUUAUAAUAAUAAUAAUUAUUAUUAUUAUUAUUAUAUUAAUUAUGCUGCUACAACUUUUUACCAUCAUCUUCUCGUUAAUGUAGACAUUCAAAUUUUAAGCUAU